AGUAUUUGAGAGAGAAAAAGAGAGCGAAUAAACAAAGCUCAAUUGAAGUGGAAGAAUCUCUCUCUCUCUCUCUCUCUCUCUCCUUCCUCCUUAUUUUUUUCUUUAGCAAAGUUCCACUCUCGAUCGAGCUCUCUCCGAAUCCCCCAACAGGACGGAAACCAGUUUUGAUGGAGUUGUACGGUCAAAACCCGGCACGGAAUGGAUCUUUUUCGGGUCAUCAGCUCGAAUGGAUUCCCGCUGGUCCCGAAACUGGCGGCCUUGAAGAAUCCAUGUGGCAGUUAUCGUUGAGGGGCACCGAAUCGUACCCGGAACGGCCCGGAGUACCUGACUGUGUUUACUAUAUGCGAACUGGGUUCUGUGGAUACGGUAAUAGGUGCCGUUAUAAUCAUCCUCGUAACCGUGCCGCGGUUGAGGCUGCUGUAAGAGCUACAGGGGAGUACCCUGAACGACCUGGGGAACCUGCAUGUCAGUUUUAUUUAAAAACUGGAACCUGUAAAUUUGGUGCCUCCUGUAAAUUCCACCAUCCAAAACACCGAGGUGGAUCCUUUGGCCAUGUUCCGUUGAAUAUAUAUGGAUACCCAUUACAACCGGGUGAGAAAGAAUGCUCCUACUAUUUGAAAACAGGGCAGUGCAAAUUUGGUGUUACUUGUAAAUUCCAUCAUCCUCAACCAGCUGGCACAUCAAUGCCAGCAUCUGCACCUCAAUUUUAUCAGCCGGUGCAGUCUCCUUCAGUCCCUCUACCAGAACAGUAUGGGGGGGCACCCACCAGUGUGAGAGUGGCGAGGCCUCCAUUAUUACCUGGUUCAUAUGUUCAAGGGGCUUAUGGUCCUGUACUGUUUUCCCCUGGAGUGGUUCCUAUUCCUGGUUGGAGUCACUACUCGGCACCUGUAAGCCCGGCACUCUCUCCUGGUGCACAACCUGCUGUUGGAGCAACUUCUCUCUAUGGACUAACACAGUUAUCUUCUUCAGCACCUUCACUUGCAGGACCUUAUUCUUCCUUGCCCUCUUCUACUGGUCCUUCAAGCAGUAACCAGAAGGAACAAACAUUUCCAGAGAGACCUGGUGAACCUGAAUGCCAAUACUAUUUGAGGACCGGCAACUGUAAAUUUGGAUCAUCUUGUAGGUAUCAUCAUCCUAGAGACAAGGUUGUGCAACAAACAAAUUGCAUCCUCAGCCCAAUGGGACUUCCUUUACGUCCGGGGGUGCAGCCUUGUGCUUUCUACUUGCAGAAUGGGCACUGCAAGUUUGGUUCUACUUGCAAAUUUGAUCAUCCAAUAGGAACAAUGAGAUAUAGUCCGUCAGCAUCAUCUCUCAUCGAUAUUCCAGUUGCACCCUAUCCAUUUGGGUCUUUGCUGGCUACAUUAGCCCCUUCUUCCUCUUCUUCUGAAUUACGGCCUGAGAUGAUUUCAAGGUCCAAGGACUCCUAUUUGAGCCGAAUUUCUUCUUCUGCAAGCACAGCUAGUAGUUCAGUUGGUUUGAUUUUUUCACAGACUGGAUCUGUUCACUUUUCUGAUUUGCAGCUUUCAAGUCAGAGUUUAAGCAGUAGCAGAAGUACAAUACAGGGUGCUGAGGUUCACUCAAAUUGAUGCAACAUGCUAGAGCAGUUUUUCAUUGUCUUGCAGAUGUUGCUUCACCAACCUUGAUAUGUGUUGUGUUAAUAGAUCUCAGUAAAUUAUAGUCAGCUGCGGAACAUUACAUUUCUCUGCAGCAAGGGUUAUCUACCAAUCUGCCUUACCUCACAAUAGAACUGAUUGUAUUUUAUCCCUAGCUUGCCUUUUUGAUACCAUCAAUAUUAUCGGCAAUAAGCUUUUGUAGCAAAUAGAGUAUGAAGGACUAAUCUUCCUUCCAAAUAAUCACAACAGAUAGCGCCAUUAUAUCAGGUUAGCCUAUGAUUCUCCUUUCAACUUGCUGUUUGUAUGCUUAUCAAUCUUCAAUGAAGGAAUGAAGAGGAUUUCCACCUUGUAUGACAUAAA